AUGGCCUCAGCCGCCGCGACGCGCUGUACAGCGACGUACCCGCGUUCGGUAAAGAUUGUGGAGGUGGGGCCGCGCGACGGACUGCAGAACGAGCAGACGCGCGUGUCGACAGCGGAUAAGGUGCAGUUCAUUCAAUUGCUGUCGCAGACGGGACUGCGUGCGAUCGAAGCGACGUCGUUCGUGUCGCCCAAGUGGGUUCCUCAGAUGGCGGACCAUAGCGACGUUUUAGCGGCCAUUGAUCGUCCAGCAGACGUGUCGUACCCCGUGCUGACACCCAAUAUGCAGGGAUUCGACCGAGCUGUCGAGGCAGGUGCGACAGAAGUCGCUAUCUUUGGCGCAGCGUCGGAAGCGUUUAGCAAGAAGAACAUCAAUUGCUCGAUCGACGAAAGCCUGGCGCGGUUUCGUCCAGUCUGCGAGAAAGCUGGUCGUCUCGGCAUUCGCGUCCGUGGGUAUGUCUCGUGCGUGCUGGGAUGUCCGUACCAAGGAAGCGUCGAACCAGAUGCAGUUGCGGCAAUUGCUCGGGAGAUGCUUGCAAUGGGCUGCUACGAAGUGUCACUGGGAGAUACGAUUGGUGUGGGCAACCCUGCCUCGACGCUGGCCAUGCUGCACGUCGUGAAACAAGUGGCCCCAGUCGAGCAACUUGCUGUGCACUUUCACGAUACGUACGGGCAAGCGCUGUCCAACAUCCUCAUUGCACUGCAGGAGGGCAUUGCGGUCGUGGACAGCUCUGUCGCCGGCCUUGGCGGAUGUCCGUACGCAAGCGGAGCGUCUGGCAAUGUCGCGACAGAGGAUGUGCUGUACAUGGUGCACGGCCUCGGCAUUCACACGGGCGUGGAUCUGGACAAAGUGAUGGCUGCAGGCGCGUUUAUCACCAACGUGCUCGGUCGUCCGACCCAGUCGAAAGUCGCGCGCGCGUUCGCACCGACCGAAAUCAGUCGGCUCUAA